CGCAGCGCCGCUCGCAGCAUGUCUCGAAGGAAGAUUUCGUCCGAGUCCUUCAGCUCCCUGGGCUCCGACUACCUGGAGACCAGCCCCGAGGAGGAGGGCGAGUGCCCCCUGUCCAGGCUCUGCUGGAACGGCAGCCGGAGUCCGCCCGGCCAGCCCGAGGCCAGCGCGGCCGCCGCCGCCGCCGCCGCCGCCACGGCUGCCUCCACCGCCGCCUCCGCCGCCGCCGCCGCCGCCGGGGCCAGGAGGGCGCAGCGCCGGAGGCGGGUCAACCUGGACUCGCUGGGCGAGAGCAUCAGCCGCCUGACGGCGCCCUCGCCUCAGACGAUUCAGCAAACUCUCAAGAGGACAUUGCAGUAUUAUGAGCACCAAGUUAUUGGUUACAGGGAUGCAGAAAAGAAUUUCCACAAUAUCUCUAACAGAUGCUCCUAUGCGGACCAUUCCAGCAAAGAGGAAAUCGAGGACAUCUCGGGAAUUCUUCAGUGCACUGCUAAUAUGCUCGGAUUGAAGUUCGAGGAAAUUCAAGAAAGAUUUGGUGAGGAGUUCUUUAAUAUAUGCUUUGAUGAGAACGAGAGAGUCCUUCGAGCUGUAGGUGGCACGUUGCAGGACUUUUUUAAUGGCUUCGAUGCUUUGUUGGAACACAUUAGAACUUCUUUUGGAAAACAGGCCACUCUGGAGUCACCAUCAUUCCUAUGCAAAGAGCUCCCUGAAGGUACUCUCAUGCUCCACUACUUCCACCCUCACCAGAUUGUGGGCUUUGCGAUGCUGGGGAUGAUUAAGGCCGCAGGAAAGAAGAUCUAUCAGCUGGAUGUGGAAGUGGAACAGGUUGCAAAUGAGUUAUGCUCUGAUGGCUCAAACCCAGGCAACUGUAGCUGUCUCACUUUUCUUAUCAAAGAAUGUGAAAGUACUAAUAUCUCGAAGAACCUUGCACAGGGAACCUCCCAAGUUCCCGAGGACCUCAGAAUUAGCAUCAACACCUUCUGCAGAGCCUUUCCUUUCCACUUGAUGUUUGACCCCCACAUGUCAGUCCUUCAGCUGGGGGAAGGCCUGAGGAAGCAGCUUCGAUGUGACACUCACAAAGUGCUCAGUUUUGAGGACUGCUUCGAGAUCGUUUCUCCGAAGGUUACUGCCACCUUCGAAAGGGUCCUGCUGCGACUGUCCACCCCAUUUGUGAUUAGGACCAAGCCUGAGGCUUCUGGCACGGAAAAUAAAGACAAGGUGAUGGAAGUCAAAGGACAAAUGAUCCACGUCCCAGAAUCAAAUUCCAUUUUAUUUUUGGGCUCUCCAUGUGUGGACAAGUUGGAUGAACUCAUGGGCCGGGGACUGCAUCUCUCAGACAUCCCCAUCCAUGAUGCCACCCGAGAUGUCAUUUUGGUUGGUGAGCAGGCUAAGGCCCAAGAUGGCUUGAAGAAGAGGAUGGAUAAAUUAAAGGCAACUUUAGAAAGAACUCACCAGGCCCUGGAAGAAGAGAAAAAGAAAACAGUGGAUCUUCUAUACUCUAUUUUCCCCGGUGAUGUAGCCCAGCAACUGUGGCAAGGGCAGCAAGUGCAGGCCAGAAAGUUUGAUGACGUCACCAUGCUCUUUUCGGACAUCGUUGGCUUCACGGCCAUCUGCGCUCAGUGCACCCCCAUGCAAGUGAUCAGCAUGCUCAAUGAGCUCUACACCAGAUUCGAUCACCAGUGUGGAUUUUUGGAUAUUUAUAAGGUGGAAACAAUAGGUGACGCAUACUGUGUCGCCGCAGGACUGCACAGAAAAAGCCUCUGCCACGCGAAGCCCAUUGCGCUCAUGGCCCUGAAGAUGAUGGAGCUUUCGGAGGAGGUGCUGACCCCUGACGGGAGGCCCAUUCAGAUGAGGAUAGGCAUUCAUUCAGGCUCUGUGCUGGCUGGAGUUGUUGGGGUAAGAAUGCCACGAUAUUGCCUGUUUGGAAAUAAUGUCACUCUGGCAAGCAAAUUCGAAUCGGGAAGUCACCCUCGGCGCAUCAAUGUCAGCCCCACCACUUACCAGUUAUUAAAACGGGAAGAAAGUUUCACAUUCAUUCCUCGUUCCCGUGAAGAUCUCCCCGACAACUUUCCAAAGGAAAUCCCUGGGAUCUGCUAUUUCCUGGAGGUAAGGACUGGUCCCAAGCCGCCAAAGCCUUCUCUCUCCUCAUCGAGAAUCAAAAAGGUUUCCUACAACAUUGGCACCAUGUUCCUCCGGGAGACCAGCCUCUGAGACGUGCGACAGAUCAAAGACUCCUCCAAAAGCACAAGCCCGGGACACGGGGCACGGCGGGCGGGUGGAGAGGGCUUCUCUUUCACUGCUUCGUUGGGAACACACAGCGGAAUCUCGGUGAUGUCAGGCAAUAAUCCUCGAAAACGGCGGGUGAUGACUGUCCAUUUCAAAACACUGGAGGGUGGGGGGAAACAAGGCGUGUCCAUCCAUAGGAGUGUUUUUGGUCACACAUAUAUUUUAAUUACAAGUAUGGGACCCCUUUCCAAACUAACCGAUAAAUAGAGUUCAUGUUUGCUUGUUUGUCACACACACAGAUAUCUUUCCCUAUAUAUUUGUAUCACUUUUGACAGCCAGUUUUAGUAUAUAUUCCUACAUUUAGUGAGGUGGUAUGCGAAGGAUAUUUUCUAAUUUUGUUUUUUCUGAAUGGACAUUUCAUACACAUAUCAUGGCAGCGUGGUAAGCUUCCCAGCAGGAAGAACUGUAAAUCAGCAAAUAUUUUAGGGAUAUUACCUAUUUUUAUACAUAUCUCUUCUAGAUAGUUACCUUUCACACAACAUUAUUAGAUGUUCUGGAUCUGUUACUGCAUAGUUGGUAUAUAAUGUAACGCUAACCUAUUCAUUGAAUAUAGUUUUACUUACCUAGAGUCGUUAGUGCUUAGACUGAGAACACAUAUAACCAAGGGUUUCAGAUGCUGAGAAAGAGUUGUACAUCUGCCUAGUAAAUAUAUCCUGUAGAUUUAAUUAAUGUAACAUGGAACCCAGAGCAAAUGGAAUCUCCUAAUAGUAGCUAAGAUUAAAGAAAGAUCCUCUUUGCCAUCUUCUAACCAGUAUCAGUCCAAAUAAAAUGCUCUCUUCAUUGAACGCUUUUCAACUUAGCACUCACGGGUACAGGUAGUUAUGACAAGGUACUGACUGCGCUCUAAAAACAGCAGCCUACUAAGUGACAUGCUCAUACUCCCCCACCCCCUUCGUGACGGAUGACUCCUAAGGCCACUCUCAGGAGUGAAUUCCUACAUACUGCCAUUAGUGACAACACUUUUGCCAACAACUUUGUUCCUUCAUGUAUAAUAAAAUCAAGGAAAAAUGCCUGUAUUUAAUGGCUUUAAGAUUAAAAAAAAUAUGUUCAUCUUCAGUUGGAUUGAGUUGGCUUCUAAAUUCAGUGAAUCACCUUCAAAACGGUGAAGCAGGUCUAACCUUCACUUAGUCAUCACCAUAGUUACCAAUAGGCUUCCAUCACAGGACCUGCUAAAAUGAAGACCAGUUCCCAAUAAUUAGCAUUGCAUGGAAAUAUUAUUACAGACUCACCAGAAAU